AUGUACAACGCCAAUCAUCCCCAUGAUUAUAAUUGUCAAGUCCGAUGGGAAGCGGAAGAUGGUUGUUUGUUAACCACCGCUGCAGCCUAUGAUAUGGAAUCAGACGACCAUCCUGAUUGCACAUGUCCUCAUCGUCCAUACAAAGACCCAAGACAGCCAAAUAGCUGGUCGCUACAAAAGGCCUUACGGUUGGGAUAUGGUUUGUUUCUUGACAAGUAUCACACAUGCACAAACUGGGCAGCUGGCAUUGAUUCAACUUUAAGAACGUUUGAAUUUGAUAAUCUUUUACAUUAUGAGCAGCCAAAAACACCAGCAAAAUUACCAACAUUUCCAUCGCCAGAAUUAGUAUCACAACAGCAAUUAGAGCCCGCUCAACAUACGGACAAUAGUUCCAUACUGGCACAAUCAGAUCAUCAUACAAUUUCAGCUUAG